AUGUCCGAAAUUACUAACCAACAUGAGAUCAAUCAGAGUUAUUGGUUUAAAUGGAAUGAUUAUCAAAACCAUCUCUCCGAUGUAGUUAGACAACUUUUAGAGGAGGACUGUAUGGUAGACGUUACCCUGGCUGCGGGCGGGGAACGUAUUCAUGCUCAUCGUAUAGUUCUCUGCGCUUGUAGCACUUUAUUUCGAGAAAUAUUGAGUCAAGUAAAUGAAGAUCAUCCAACAAUAAUAUUAAGCGAUAUAUCUGCUCAAGAUAUAAAAUCUAUUAUAGAAUUUACUUACCAUGGAGAAGUGAGAGUACCAGUUGAAAAUAUUAGUACCUUAUUAGAUGCGGCACGUUCACUAAAAAUCUGUGGCCUUAUUGAAAUUGAUGGACUUGAAGAAACUGACUCAGUUGUGAGCAAUAAGGAUUUUAAUGAUAAUAAUGAAGAGCCAAUGACUGUAAUUAGCGAGGCUGAAGAAAAUGUUAUUAAUGCGUUGCAACAUAGUUAUGAAGAUUUGGAAGAUCAACAAAAAGAUGAGGUUGUUGAAAAUUCCACUUCGAAUAAAAAAAAGAAACGUAGGCGCGAUACAACAAAAAGAGAUUAUAGCGAAGAUAUGUUGACGGCGGCAAUUAAUGAUUUAAAAGCAGGGCAGACAUUAAUAGAAGCUUCUACUAAACAUAAUAUACCACGUUCAACUUUGUACAUGCGUGCUAAAGCAUUAGGUAUACAUUUAAACGCAUCAAGAAACGAAUAUCCGGCAGAGUGUAUGAAAGCUGCUAUAAAUGCGGUAAUUGGUGGAUCAAGCCUACAGCAUGCAUCAGAACUUUUUAGUAUACCAAAGACUGUAUUAUGGAGGAGGAUUCAGAAAGAAGGAUAUCAAAUACUACGUUCGGAAAUGAAGAGGUCUUAUGGAUCAGAUAAACGGGAAGCUGCAGUUAAGGCUUUAGAAAGAGGAGAGAAUUUAACGAAAGUAGCACUUGAAUUCAAAAUUCCAAAAACUACUUUAUUUAGAGAUAAAGCGCGAUUGGUAGAUGAAGGAAAAUUGCCAUUAUCAUUUUGGAAGAAACGUAAGACGGAAAAUGAAGAAUUGAAAAAAUCUCGUUUGGAAGAAGCUGUUGCUGCAUGUAAAGGAGGGAAAAUGUCGCAAGCAGCAGCAUCAAUGACUUACCAUAUUCCAAAAACAACGAUAUGGAGACGUCUCCAACAAGAUGGUAAAAAGUCAGAGCGCUCGUUAAGUUCAAGGAAACAAAGAAUAGCGGAUUCUAAACAUAAUACAGAAACAAAGGUACAAGAAGGAUCUGAUUUUACAUAUUGCGAGGUUUCGUCAGAAAUUCCUAUAACUUAUAUAGAUGAAAAUAGUAUACCUGAAGAUUCUGUGAUAAUAUUAACAGCAGAAGAUAUGGAUGGACUUAAUUUAGAAGAGGGACGACAAAUUAUUGUUAACUCAGAAUCGGGACAAGAAUAUGUUCCUUGUGCUAUAAGCAUCGAAGAAAAUUCAAACUAUUCACAAACUGAAAGUUAGCAUAUGAACUAUUACCAAUAGAGUAACACUCAUUAAUAUUCGUUUUGUAUAAUAAUACAUGUAUUAAUUUAGAUUUUAGUAAUAUAUAUAUUAUACAUGAAAACAACGCGCGUAUACGUAUACAUGACGCAAGCAGAUAUAAAAAUUCCUAUCUAAUAUCUUCAUGUGACGAUUGAAUUAUUAUUAACGUCUGCAUUUUUGCGUGCGUCAUUUCCUUACAUUUAUUUAUAAAUAUACUUUAUUAUAAUUUUCGUCUUUUAUCAGAAGCUAGAGAUUAAUAGAGAUGUAGACUUAUACGAUUCCUUAUGUGAAUUGGUAUAAUAUGUUUGAUUCAUCUGAAUGUCGCAAUGAUCAAGCAUGUACUUCAAUAAAAAUAAUUUUUCUUAGAAUGUCAAAAA